GAGGAUCUCAUAAUUUCGGAGCUGCUCACCCAGAUUGCAGUGGAUAUCGUGGCCGGAGCGGAUGGCAAGCCAGAUUCCUUCACUGAUAUUUUCCGAGACGAUUGGGAGUGGUAUAUAAUCAGCAACUUCGACGACCAAACAUAUACGCCAGAGAGAGUUGAGAAGCCUGGCUUCAAUGGCAGUAUCAUUGGCAUGUCCUCCGAGCCGAGUGCUGAGAAAAGUGGCGCAGGAUUCACCGGGUGGAAAGUGCAGGCUAUGCGCGGAUGUGAGGUGAUUGAGGGCAGCCACAAGGACACCGCCAAUCCAUGCAGGGACGACAAGGAAGGUUUUAUUCGCAUUCCUUCGGACUUCUACUUGAUCGAAGAUGAUUCGCUCAGGGGACCCGCGGAAGACUUUGCUGACGAUCACGAGUUGUUUACAGAGGAGUUCGCCAAGACCUUUAAUCAUGUGUUGCAUUUGGGUAUCGAUCGAUGUGGUGGCGACGAUGGUGACAACAAGCGCGAUGGGGAAGAAGUCUGCAUGAUUUCGAACGAAAACACUGAUCAAGGAGUGUGUGUCAUAUCUGACGGAGUGCCGGACAACUCAUCUGAUCGAGUGUCGGACGACUCAUCUGAUCGAGUGUCGGACGACUCAUCUGGUCGAGUGUCGGACGACUUAUUUGACGAAGUGUCUGACAGCUGUGAAGAUAUCAAAACAAUUGCUAAAUUGGUCUAUACGUUUAGUCAAGAGGAAAUCGGAACAGGUUGUUCUAAUAUACAAAAUGUUCUGGUACAUGCUGGCGGCGGUGCUGUAGAUUUACCGCGCGACUGUCGUGACGGGUAUAGAAGAACUCUACUGGAAAAAAGUGGAAGCGUGCGAUACAAAAGAACCUGA